CCGGGGGCCGCGAGGAUUUCCAGCCGGAUUGAUGUUUACUGACAUGGUGUCCAAGUUGACAUCGCUUCAGCAGGAGCUCCUGAGCGCCUUGCUGGACUCGGGGGUCACGAAGGAUGUCCUGGUCCAGGCACUGGAGGAUUUAUGCCCGUGUCCCGCAGAAUUCGGAAUUAAAAUCGAGAAGCCCCUGUCACCGUCCAGUGCCAACGGCGGCAGCGACUGCGGGGACUCGAAACCGGUAUUUCUGACGCUGACCGGCGCUCAAGGGAAAGGCGGAAAACUGUCCGGUGAUGAAGGCUCGGAGGACGGGGAUGAUUUCGACACGCCGCCGAUCCUGCGGGAGCUGCAGUCGCUGAACACCGAGGAGGCCGCGGAGCAGCGCGCGGAGGUCGAUCGCAUGCUGUCAGAGGACCCGUGGCGGGUUGCUCGCACUAUUAAAGGCUACAUGCAGCAGCACAAUAUCCCGCAGCGGGAGGUGGUGGACGUGACGGGCCUCAAUCAGUCUCACCUGUCUCAGCACCUCAAUAAAGGCACGCCGAUGAAGACCGCCAAAAGAGCCGCGCUUUACACCUGGUACGUCCAGAAACAGCGCGAAAUCGACCGACAGUUCGACCGUGUUCAGGGCUCUGACCCCAGUGACUCAGCCAGUCAGGAUCAGGUCCUGUUUUUUUUCCCAGAAUUCAAUCACGGCGGACACAGUUCGGGGGCUGCAGGGGGAUCUGGAGCAGCGGUAGGAGAUGAGGGGGAGCCCGGAUCAAAGAGGAUGAGGAGGAACCGCUUCAAAUGGGGCCCAGCGUCCCAGGAGAUUCUCUAUCAAGCUUAUGAAAGACAGAAAAACCCCAGCAAAGAGGAGAGAGAGGCGCUGGUGGAGGAGUGCAACAGGGCAGAGUGUGUGCAGAGAGGAGUGUCGCCCUCUAAAGCUCAUGGGCUUGGAUCUAACCUGGUCACGGAGGUUCGUGUGUACAACUGGUUUGCUAACCGGCGUAAAGAGGAAGCUUUCAGGCAGAAGCUGGCAAUGGACACGUACACACCUCACAUGAACCCUCUGCUGUCCCACACAGCAUCACUCAGCCACCAUCACAGCUCUGAAUCAAAGCUCAGGUACAGUCAACAAGCAGCCAGUGAGGUCACUUCCUCCACCACCAUCAGUCAUCCGUCAGUAUUGCAGCAGGUUUCUCCGGGAGGUCUGGACCACUGCCAUGGCUUGUUAUCGACGGAUGCCAAAAUGAUCUCAGUCUCUGGUGGAGUUCUGCCUCCUGUGAGCACUCUGACCAACAUUCACAGUCUGUCUCAGUCGUCUCAUCAUCAUCAUCAUCAUCAUCACCAGCAAGCACAGAGUCUCAUUAUGAGUCUCGCUGCUCAAAGUCUGACGUCACCUCAGUCUCAGAGUGUUCCCGUCAUCAACAGCGUGUCUGGACUCACGACUCUGCAGCCGAUGCAGUUUCCUCAGAGCUCCAGCCUCACACAGCUCACCACAGCUCAUAUCUCCCAGCAGCCCUUCGCACAGUCACACAUGUACUCUCCCAAACAAGAAGCUGGCCAGUUUUCCCAUCCGUCUCGGUACUCCACAAUGGACUCCAGCACCAUCACACAUCUGGGCUCCAGCAAGCAGUGCCCUUUGCAGGCCUGGUGAACGGACGCAUUGGAGUGAGACCUUCCUCGGCAGCUUAGCAACAGCAGUGCUGGACCUGUGUGUUUCUGGGUAACCCGUGAUCACAGAGAGCCGACGGGAAACUGCAGAAAAUCAACAAUACUGAUUCAUAUACUACACCUUAAGCCUUAAUGGAUGACAGAACAAACUAGCGGAAAUGUUAAGACGAUGACUGAACUCUGAGCCGAAGCUUUCAUACUAACCAAACUGAGGGGAUGAAAUCUUCAAUCACACUGUACAUACGAUUUAAUGAGGAAAUGUGGUUUGUUGUAACACACAAGGUCAACUUUUCGUGCAAAACAAUAUGGAGCCAGAUCAGUCUUAAAUGACACAAUUACAAAAUAAAAAUUCAUAGACCAUUUACAUUUACAAAAUUUAAUUUGUAAAUCCAAAACACAACUCAUAAAUGUACAGAUCCAAUUAGUAAAUUUAAAACACACUUUGUAAAUGCACAAAACAAUUCGUAAAUACACAAAACAAUUCAUUAAUAAACAAAACACAAUAUGUAAAUUCACAAAACACAAUUCAUGAAUACACGAAACACACUUCGUAAAUAGACAUAACACAGUUCAUAAAUACACAAAACACAAUUCGUAAAUUCACAAAUCACAAUUUCUAAAUACGCAAAACAAUUCAUAAAUACACAAAACAGAAUUCGUAAAUAGACAAAACACAAUUUGUAAAUACACGAAACACAAUUUAUAAAUACACAAAACACAAUUUGUAAAUACACAAAUCACAAUUCAUAAAGACACAAAUCACAAUUCGUAAAUAUGCUAAACAAUUCGUAAAUACACAAAACAGAAAUCGUGAAUAGACAAAAUACAAUUUGUAAAUACACAAAUCACAAUUCAUAAAGACACAAAACACAAUUUGUAAAUACACAAAACACAAUUCGUAAAUAUACAAAACACAAUUCAUAAAUACACAAAUCACAAUUCGUAAAUACACAAAACAAUUCGUAAAUAGACAAAACACAAUUUGUAAAUACACAAAUCACAAUUCGUAAAUACGCAAAACAAUUCGUAAAUAGACAAAAUACAAUUUGUAAAUACACAAAUCACAAUUCGUAAAUACGCAAAACAAUUCGUAAAUGCACAAAACAGAAUUCGUAAAUAGACAAAGCACAAUUCGUAAAUACACAAAAAACUAUUCAGAAAUACUUAAAACAGAAUUCGUAAAUACACAAAACACAAUUUGUAAAUACACAAAACACAAUUUGUAAAUACACAAAGCACAAUUCAUAAAUACACAAAUCACAACUUGUAAAUACACAAAACACAAUUUGUAAAUACACAAAACAAUUCAUAAAUACACGAAACACAAUUCGUAAAUACAGGAUACACAAUUCCUAAAUACAUAAAACACAAUUUGUAAAUACACAAAGCACAAUUCAUAAAUUCAAAACAUAAUUCAUAAAUGUACACAUCCAAUUCUUUUGGGCAAAUAUUUAUGAUUUUUUUUCUUGAGAAAUUCACAAAUUGUGUUUUGAAUUGACAUAUUAAAUUUGUGUAUUUAUGAACCGUGCUUUGAAUUUAUGUAUUGGAUUUAGUAAUGCGGAUGUGAAUUGUGCUGUGCGUGUUUGAGUUUUAUUUUCGCAAAUGUAUUAUCUUUGAGACUGAUCUGGCUCCAUAUAACAACAAUAACAAAAAAUAGCAGAUCACCAAAAAGAUUUUUGUUUUCCACACACAUUUGAAAUUUGAAAUCACAUUAGCAGAUAAAUUCAUAUUUUUCACUACAACAAAGUGGUCUUUCAGUUUCAACGCAUGGACUUGCACAUACGAAUGAUCCCAAAAGAUGCUAAAAACGAAAUGAUUGCUUCUCAGGGAUUGAUUUCACACUACUCCACUGUAGCUAAUAUUAUGAGAAUGUGUAAAACUGCCUAACGGCUUUGAUAUUUUUAUAUAUAUAUAUUAGUUUUGGAAUCACCUCAAUCGUAUUUAUAUUUGUGUAAAUUGAUAAAUACAUUUUUGAAGACAA